UAUGGCUCAGGGCUCGUGUUGAGUCAGACAGUUACUCAGAUCUCCCACUAGCCCAUCAGGGAACACCAUAACAACAUAACUCAACGGUCCCAGGCAACGCAGGAGGGUGAGUCAUCAUAAUGAAGGUGUCUGAUUGGACGGGAGAGGAUGUGGUCCGUUGGCUGGGCGACCAGGGCCUGCAGGAGUACUGCGACGCCCUGCGGAGCCUCAACGGACGGGCCCUGCUGGAACUCGGCCCGUCGGACUUCGCGUCGCCGCCUCUCUCCCGGGUGACGUCGGAUGGCGGCCAGCAGCUCCUCGAGCGUGUGCAGACCCUGCGGCUGGAGCACCACAUCCGGGUGCACAAAAACGUGCACAACGGACACGCCACCUCCAACGGCGUGAAGGCCAACGGGACGCCCGGCCUCUCCGUCAAGGGGGACACGGGGGUCACCAACGGCAACGGCCCCCCGAAGCACAAGACCCAGCCGGCCCAGAGGAAUGGCGUCCGCAACGGGGCGCUCGUCGGCAACGGCUUCGCGGACGACCGCCACCACGGAGGCAACGCCUGGAUCCAGAUCCCGCUCCCCGCCGCAGGCGCCACGGACUCCUCCUCUCGCUCGCCGCUCCCCGAGGAGUGGGGGCGGACGGGCGUGGCGGUCCUGUACGCCGUGACCUGCUUCGUGCUGACCACGGUGAUGAUCUCGGUGGUGCACGAGCGCGUGCCGCCCAAGGAGGACACGCCCCCGCUGCCCGACAAGUUCUUCGAUUGGUUCGACAGGAAGGAGUGGGCGUUUAUGGUCUGCGAGGUCAUCGGAUUGCUUCUGCUGGCGCUUUGGCUCGUCAACUGGGCCCUCCACAAGCACAGGUCUAUCGUGGGCCGUCGGUUCUUCUUCAUCAUCGGGACACUUUACCUGUACAGGUGUGUCACCAUGUACAUCACCACGCUGCCCGUGCCUGGCAUGCACUUCAGGUGCGCCCCCAAGGUGAUGGGUGAUCACAUGUCCCAGGCUGGGCGGGUGUUCAAGAUGAUUGCAGGCGGGGGUCUCACCAUCACGGGCUCCCACCACAUGUGUGGCGACUACCUGUACAGCGGCCACACCGUCAUACUCACCCUCUGCUACCUCUUCAUCAAGGAGUACUCCCCCAGGCGCUUCUGGUGGUGCCACUGGCUGUGCUGGCUGCUGUGGGCUGUGGGUCUGUUCUGCAUCCUGCUGGCCCACGACCACUACUCCAUAGACGUGGUGGUGGCCUACUACGUCACCACACAGCUCUUCUGGCUCUACCACACCAUGGCCAACCAGCAGGCCCUCAAGGAGCACUCCCCGACCAACUUCGUGUCGCGGGUCUGGUGGUUCCGUAUCUUCCUGUACCUGGAGGCCAACGUCCAGAGCACCGUGCCCCGCCACUACCAGCUGCCCUCCCUGCUCAAGAGGCUGCUGCGGAGCCAGGUCCGCUACAGCCGGCUGGCGGACAGUGAGUGCCCCUGACCACCAGGGGGCGCCAGAGGGAGGCGGCCCAGGCGGGCGAUGCGGACGCUGCGGACUAUAAGGACACGUUUAACGGGGGAGAUUAGCAGCCGGUCGACCAAGCGGGCGGACAAGAAGGACGGGUAGUCUGACGACGGGCCGACAGACGGACGGGUGUUGAUAAUCGACAGCAGGGAAUCCGGACACAUUGACUACUUACGAUAGAAUGGACAGACAUGACGAUUAUGGACGUAAACUCCCCAUGGUUGAGGAAUGGAUCACAGAGAAGAUCGACGGAUUGAACCUUAACAGCGCUGGUGCCACGCCCUUUUAUCACCAUGCUCGGAUUAGAACCUCUUACCACGGAGAAAUUGGUGCCAUGUCUUUCCUACCCUUUUGUUAAAUCCCGUUGGGACCAUAGAACAUGCUUCUGGCAGUAUGGGUGCCAUGUGUUGCUCACUGGGAUUGGAACCUAUGGCCCUCUGACCUGACCCGCAGAAGCGCUAGGCGAAGAAGGAUAUCAUUUAAGACAAACUAGCACAUUUCAAUAAGGUUAACCUCCAAGAUGGACACAGGGUUCAGUUCAUCAGCCAAACUGUAUCCCUCACCGUCUACAAUCACAGAGCUGAGAAUGUUUUCUAAAAUGAGUCGACAAACGGGAAAGAAAGGGCAAUCAACACUCAAUACAAAGUGCCAUUUUCAGCCCGAGUUUGCCAUCUUUUUACUGUAGCAGUCUGUUGGUGGAAGUCCCCCAUAAUUGUGUGUCGUUUUUGUAUGCCCCCAGUUAAAGAAGCACGUGUCUCUAAACUCCCCUUCACUGUGGCCUUUUGCUUCAGGCCUCAACAUAAUUCAAACAGCAGAAGGUGUGUGAUUCCGACCUUAGAUCCAAAACCUAUAUUUGAACUAAAGUAAUGGCCGCAGUGAAAGAGUUCAGCGGUGAAGUUUUAUGCAAGUAUUUAAAAUGUUUGAUAAAUUAUUGGUGUAGCUCUACUUUACAUAAAUAUGCUAUUAUUAUGUCAUGGGAAAAGUUAGUUUCAUUUCACAGGUGGUGCUAUCAAAGUAUUUAAAACUCUUCAAGUUCAACAGCUUUGUCUUGAACCAAAUAUCUCCUUCACAAGAUGUCUAAAUAAAUACUCACUGAAGGGUGUUUUCAGAUUGGACUUUACAUUCAAAGAGCUGAUUGGCUGCUGUGAGUCAACAGUAUAGCCCACACCUGUUCAUUUCAAAGCCUUUCAGGUCCACUACGUGAACAAUCCUUUACAUGCACAAACAUGUGGCUAUUCCUCAGGCCCACCGUUGAGCUAAGCGAUACUGCAGACCAACGAUUGGACAAAAUCGAAAUGUCUAUUGAAUGUCUGCCCUGGGUUUAGACACAACCGCCACUUUAAAAAUGUCCCAGCAUCAGAGAGCACAACACUGGCGCCACAAAGGAACGCCUUCACUCCUGGCCGGUAAAGUUAAGCAUUGUAUAUGUGUGUCUUCUGUUUACACCAACCAACAAAACCUACAUAGUUGUUGUUUUUGGCCCGUGCAAAAUAAUCAGUUGUAUAUUUAAUUUUGUAAAUCUGUCUGGAUUUGAAUUGACUUUCUCCAACUGCAUUUCAAUGGCCUUCAAUUCUAUUGCAGUCAUUACAAAAGUUAUUAAGUGUAAAAGCACUGACUCCUCCUACCUUCAUGUCUAGUUGAGUGCAGACAUCUCAUUGGCCAGGUAAGUGCCACCAUCAUGUCUUAAAUUUAGUUUUGUCAAACCUCUUUUUUUUUUUGUUGAUUGUUUUUUUAAGAACUGAGUAUGAAUGGUAAGUUAUGGAGUGGUUUUCUUUGUUUAUCUGUUACAGAAUUUAUUAAAAAUGUUUUUCAGUUAAUGGUUUAUAUGAUUCAUAGUCAAGAGUGUGUGUGUGUGUGUGUGUGUGUGUGUGUGUGUGUGUGUGUGUGUGUGUGUGUGUGUGUGUGUGUGUGUGUGUGUGUGUGUGUGUGUGUGUGUGUGUGUGUGUGUGUGAAAACAACAUAUUCUCUUAUCCAUAUUUGAUAAUUGUAUAAUCUCCAUUGGCAUCAGAUGCAAAAGGCUAUUAAUUCUACCGAGCAAUUUCCACUGACAGUGUCAUUAUUUAGUGUCAUUAUUAUAUUGACAGGCAUAACUGUCAAUAAUGGAUAUGAAGAAAGGUAUUUUUUCUUCAUAGGCAUUAUCUUUUUGAGGGCUGGAUAUUUAUGCCAUCAUGACUCAAAUUAAAACAUAGAAACAUGUUAUGAUGCAAAAUCUUCAAAGCAGAUUUUUAUGUGUGCUAUUACCAUUAUGAUUUGUCCUCUUCAUAUUGAAAUCUUGAUGCUUGAAAGCAAUGACGUAGUGUCUGUAAAACUGUACCAAUUUGGCGAACAAUAAUGGUUACAAAAGAAUUCGAACUCGAAGUGUUACGAUUUAACCACAGCAAGCUAAUGACAAGUUUCGUUAGAAAUAAACUUUCUGGAGUAAAUGACCAAUGGAUAUUUUGAACCCUGUCCUAUUGCCUGCAUAUAUGAUUAGAACAUUUGGAAGCGCAAGGGACAGCCGAUGUUUGCUUAGUGAAGCUGGACAUUUUUAAUUGGGUUCUUUUUUUGAAGCAUUUCUAACCAAUAUUUUUUUGGUAUUCACUUUCGCAGCUAAUCAACCUUAUUUAAUAUGCUUUGUCACCCAAUGUUUUAAAUCAUCCAGAUGAGCCACUGUAUUCAUUACAAUUUUCAUGACAGUGUAGCAAAUGGUUAAUAAUGAGACUGAAACAUUUCCAAGCAUCAUUGCAUUCCCUUAAUGUGAGUGCCUUAUUGUUCUGAAUGUAAUCUGUGGAGGUUUGGUGGGCCUCUUCUCUGGUUGAAUACGGUAUUGGUAAAAGGACAUUAGCCAUCCAACAAUACAGUCUUCCUAACUAUGUUGAAGUAAACACGUGUUUCGUUGGUCUGACUUGCCUUUGGAUGUUGUAGGCUUUGUCCAAACCAUGAUAUACACAAAAUAAUUGUUCUCAAGAGGCAAAGAUAAGGAUGUAACGAAUAUGAAGUAUAUUUGUUUGCGUGUUUCUGUGUGUGUAUGUGUGACCAUGUCCACAAUCCAAAACUGGCUACAAAGACUAAUACAUUUGUACACCUCGUACUGCCCAGCAUUCAAUCAAAACCACUUCAUCAACGCAGUUUCAUUUUAUUUUCAAACUAUAAUCAACCGAGUACUGGAAUUCAAUUUAUUUAACUGUAUUUUGUUCUCAAUGACAUAGCUGUGAUUUUCUCAGCAUUUGAGUUGUGAAAGACUGAAUAAACCUGGUCUUAAAACCGCUGUAUACACUGUA